UUGUUCAGAGGGUAUAUAAGGCAGCCAGUUGGCCCUCUGGGCCAGACCCUUGUGAGGCUUCACAAUGGACAAAGUUAAGAAGUUGGAAGAGGAUACUGAAAGUACUGAGUUAUGGACUUUACAUACUAGCCUACCAAAGAAGAGCAAGAUUUUCCUAAAGCCCAUAUCUCUGGGUUCUGACAAGAAGUGCACUGAAUAUGCUUGCGUCAGUGGUAUACAAGUCCUACGAAGGGUAAAAAGAAGCCCCCAAAAGAGAUCAAAGGUAAAGAUCUGUAAAAAACCUACCAUUCCAAAGUUGAAACCUACAAAAGAAGGUGGAGCAACACCAUACUCUAGAAAAAACAAGCCACAGAAAAAGAAGAGUAAAACCCGACAUGAACGAAACAAAAUGUUGCAGGACAAGCUGAAGAUGCUAUGGGAUCAAUAUAAUCAGCUACAGAAUAAGAUUAAUAUACUGUGGAAUCAAUAUCAUCACGUAGAUGAUGAAGUGAAGCCAGAAUGUGGCCACUGUGAUAACCAGAUGCAAGAGGGCACAAAUGAACCAUGUGAUCAAGAAGAGCAUCUCAAAGAGUUGGUGAUCACACAAUUUAAUCCAGACAAACAAGUGAAAGAAGCUAUAAUCAGACACUAUUAUCAAGACAGGCAUGCAAAGGAGGAUAGAAUCACACAACUCAGUCAUGAUCAGCGAGGGCAAGAGGAGGUGAUCACACACUUUCACCAAAAUAAGCAAGAGAAGGGGAACACACAAUUUUAUCAAGACAAAAAAGUGAAAGAAGAGAUGAUCAGACACUACUAUCAAGACAGGCACACCAAGGAGGAUAGGAUCAUGCUGCUCAGACAUGACCAGCAAGGGCAAGAAGAGAUGAUCACACACUUGGAGCAAAAUAAGCAAGAGGAGAGUAACACACAAUUUAAUCCAGACAAACAAGUGAAAGAAGAGAGGGUCAGACACUACAAUCAAGACAGGCAUGCAAAGGAUGAUAAGGUCACACUACUCAGUCAUGACCAGCAAGGGCAAGAGGAGGUGAUCCCACACUUUCACCAAAAUAAGCAAGAGAAGAGGGACACGCAAUUUUAUCAAGACAAAAAAGUAAAAGAAAAUAUGAUCAGACACUACUAUCAAGGCAGGCGCACAAAGCAGGAUAGGAUCACACUACUCAGUCAUGACCAGCAAGAGCAAGCGGAGGUGAUCCCACACUUAGACCAAAAUGAGCAAGAGAAGAAGAACACACAACUUGAUCAUGGCAAUGAAGUGAAAGAGGAGAGUAUCAAGGUUUUCCUUCCAAACAAGAGGAUGGAUGAAAAGAGAAUCGAAUUCUGCUAUCCAGAAAAGCAGAUGACUGAGCACAUGCCGCCCAUCCCCGUUUAUCAAUACACAUACCUGCCUGGAGUGGAGAACACUCUGCAGCUACACCUAGUAGUGCCAGGAGGAUACAUGCACCAACCUAGCACAGAAACAGGAAUCCCUAACUGGCACAGUCAUGGUCACUGCUGGCAUUAAUAGCCUUAAAUCUCAGUGCACAACCAGAGACAUCAGACAGCUAUGACUAGACAACAAGUUGUUUUAAAGGCCUAAUUACUACACAUUGAAUACUUCAGUGAUUGCCAGUGAGAAUUGAGAAAAUAAAAACAUUAUAAUGGAAAA